AUGUUCAGGAAGAUGCUCGAGUGGCGCCAUGCAUUCAGUGUGGAUGAGAAGGUCCAGCAGUGGAAGGCGGAGCUCGAAGAACAAAGCACUCAGCGAAGCGUGCAGAUGAGGAGAUAUGAAACAGACGUGGAGCUUUGCAGGGAUAGACAUGGAGUGCCAGUUCGCCUGGUUCGGACAAGUGUCGCCGACGUCCAGGGUCUAGUCCGCGAGUUCGGGAAGGACCUCGUGCUGAUUGACACCAUCAUGCGAAUGGAGCGAACACAUGAGGAGAUUCGUCGAGCAAUGCUUGAAACCGAGACGGUGGUUGCAGGCCAACUCCAGAUCAUCGACAUGGGAGACUACGGCGAUUACGGCGUCCCGAAUUUGAACAGUCGGCUAUUCUCGAGCCUAAAGCUCGCUGCAGAGAUUUCUCAAAUCACCGACGCCAAUUAUCCCGAAACGGUGCGCAAAGCAUUCAUCAUCCGACUUGGUUCAUGCACUAGCACAGCAUGGCGCUAUUGCAUCCAGCCGCUGCUUCCUGAGCGCACCCAACACAAGUUGGUCCCAUGUGGCCCGAAGGCGAGCUCCUGGGAAGCGCAGCUCGGGGCAGAGUUGGAUCUGACAGCUUUGCCGGCCUUCCUCCGCGAGGACUCGGAUGCUGCCUUCGAAGCGGCCGUGCCUCGUGGGGGCUUGGUGCCAGCGGGUCUGGCUGGUAAAGACCAAGGAACGUGGCGUGUGGAGCCAGCUGCGAUGAAGAAGAAGCCGGCCGGUUCGCGACACAACGGACCAGCAAGCAAAGCUUUGAGACCGUUCCUUUUCUCGUCGAAGUCAGAAAUGUCCGGAACCGCGUGCGCUCGAAUUCAGCUCAUGUUCUUUGGGGUCGUCGCAUUUGCCGCAGGAGCUCUUGCUGUGGAACCAGUCACCAUCCUAUGA